AUGGAAACAGUACAGAACGUGAAUGGAUCAGGAUUAGAACAUGCAAGUACAAGAGUCGUUGGAAAUGAUGUUGUCACAGAAACUGAACUCAGCAAAAUUCGUCUUGUGAGAAACUUUGUUGAAACACAUGAUCCAUCUUCUAAGGAAGAAGAUGAUUUAAUGAUUAGAAGAUUUCUUCGUGCUCGUGAUUUAGAUGUGGAAAAAGCUUCAGCAAUGUUCCUUAAAUACUUAAAAUGGAGACAUUCAUUUGUUCCAAAUGGUUCCAUAUCUCUAUCACAAGUUCCUAAUGAAAUUGCAGAUGACAAGGUUUUUGUCCAAGGACACGACAAGAUUGGUCGUCCCAUAUUUAUUGUCUUCGGUGGAAAACAUUUUCAAAAGAAAGAUGGUUUAGAAGAAUUUAAACGGUUUGUAGUUUAUAUUCUUGAUAAACUAUGUGCAAGUAUGUGUGAUGGGCAAGAAAAGUUUGUUGCUAUAGCAGAACUCAAGGGAUGGGGUUACUCAAAUAGUGAUGUUCGUGGAUACAUUACUGCACUCUCUAUUUUGCAGGAUUACUACCCUGAAAGAUUGGGGAAGUUGUUUAUUCUCCAUGCACCAUACAUUUUUAUGAAAGUCUGGAAAAUGGUUUAUCCAUUCAUUGACAACAAAACCAGAAAGAAGAUAGUAUUUGUGGAAAACAAAAAGGUGACAUCAACACUUGUAGAAGAAAUAGACGAAAAUCAACUCCCUGAGAUAUACGGUGGAAAAUUGCAAUUAGUCGCUAUUCAGGAUAUCUAA